AUGCCACUCACGAACACCGACCUCGCCGAAGAAAUCGAAGCCAUCAACGCGAUCUACGACCCAGACACCAUCACAAUCUCCAGCACGGCCACCGCACCCUCCACCCUCGACCUGGGCAGCACCAGCAGCAGCAGCGAACCCACCCAAACAACCCUCAAACUCCAAAUCCCGAACCACCCACACCUCUCCUUCCUCCUCGGCUUCCCCGCAACCUACCCAGACACCCCCCCGCUCAUCCAAGGCACGGCAUCGACCGCCGCCCGCGGCGAAGGCAAACUCGCCGUCGACAUCCUCGCCUCCAUCCUCUCCCGAGUGUACACCGCCGGCUCGGUAUGUCUAUUCGAUCUGAUCUCCGAGGCGGAGACGGCGUUCACGGAGAUCGGCGUCGGCGGGGAGACGCAAGCGCACGAGAAGCCUCCCGCCACGGAAUCGACCACCACGCCCGCGACGCCGCAACUGCACGAGACGUUCGGCCUCCCCGCCCCGCCGGAAUGGAUGCUCUCGGAGGUGAUCACGGAAAAGAAAUCCGUGUUCGUGGGGCGGGCGGCCCGCGUGACGAGUCUGGGCCAGGCGCGAGCGGUGCUGGAUUAUCUGCUCGCGAGCGAGAAGAAGGUCGCGACCGCGACGCAUAAUAUUAGUGCGUGGAGGAUCAGGGAGAGGAAGAACCCCGGUGGGGCUGGUGGGAGGGGAGAUGCUACGGUAGCAGGGGAUGUGUCGAUUGUGCAGGACUGUGAUGAUGAUGGGGAGACGGCGGCUGGGGGCCGGUUGUUGCAUCUCAUGCAGUUGAUGGAUGUUUGGGAUGUGGUCGUGGUCGUGACGAGGUGGUAUGGGGGGGUGUUGUUGGGGCCGGAUCGGUUUAGGAUCAUCAAUGCGGCGGGGCGGGAUGCGUUGGUUAAGGGGGGUUUUGUGCGGGAGUCGUCGGCUGGGAAUGGGGAGGGGGGCAAGAAGAAGAAGGGGAAGAAAUGA